AUGCUGCUCUUACAACCACCAGUGCUGGCAGCCGCCACCGCGGGCGGCGCAGCCUGGUACGUCUGGAGUUGCCUCGCCUCGCCCCUGUGGAAAGUGCCAGGACCAUGGUACUCGGCCUUCACCAGCCUCGUGCUUCGAUAUCGCGAGCUCAGAGCCGAGAGGACCACCUACAUCCACCAGCUGCACCUGCAGUACGGCCCUGCGGUCAGGAUCAGCCCCAACGAGGUCGCGUUUGCCUCUGUCGAGAGCAUCAAGGAGAUAUAUGCUUCCGGAGGCAACCAGUUCUACGACCUCUUUAUGGUCUAUGGCCGGCGGACAAUGUUCAGUACACUUGUGAAGGACGACCACGCAAAGAGGAAGAGGAUUCUGGCCGAUCGGUAUGCCAACACGAAUGUCCAGCGUGCUGCCGCCAUCGACGGGAUCCAUGAGAGGGCCGGCAGGUUCCUUGACCGCUGCACAGCAUCUGUGGGAAAGAGUAUCGAUAUAUUUGUGAGUAUUCUCAUCAACCUGCACAACUACGCCUUCGACUGCGUAUCACAUCACCUUUUCCAUCCGUAUGGCUCGGACUCCCUGCGCAACCCACAAGACGAGGAGAUCCAGAAACAAGUGACCUUUGAUGACAGCCUCCAGAACCGCCUGAUUAAACACCACUACCCGACGAUCCACAGAGCCAUGGGGAGCGUCAUCGCGCUCUUCGCCAGCCCCCGCGAGACGCCGCUGGCGGAUGAACUGGUCCUGUCCGCGGCGAGCCGCUCCGACCCGGCCCGCUUCACGGUGGUCAACCGGAUGCAGGAGAAGGCGCACGGCCUGGACCAGACGACCAUCGCCGCCGAGUGCCUCGACCACAUGGCCGCGGGCAUCGACACGACGGGCGACGCGCUGUGCUUCCUGAUGUGGGAGCUCUCCCAGCCGCGCUCGAUGGCCGUGCAGCGCCGGCUGCAGCAGGAACUCCGCGAGAACAAAUCACGCCUGGUGUCGCCGGGGGAAAGUGGUGGUGGUGCUGAGCAGCAGCAGCAGCAACCCAAGAGAUUCGACGAGCUGCCCUACCUUGACGCCGUGGUCAUGGAGGGCCUGCGAUGCUUCCCCGCGAUCCCAAUGUCGCUGCCUCGCUAUGUUCCCCGCGGCGGGAGGACGAUUGACGGGUACUUUGUCCCCGGGGGCGCGGUGGUCAGCUGCCAGGCAUACUCGACGCACCGGAUCGACCAGGACGUGUUUCCCGAGCCCGAGGUGUUCAGGCCGGAGCGGUGGUUCGCGGGCGAGCACGAGAUGGAGCGGAAGAAGCUGUUCUUCGCGUUCGCCAACGGCGGAAGGGGUUGCAUCGGCAAGCACCUCGCCCUGGCAGAGAUGAAGAUACUCCUGCAGGAGAUCUAUUCCAGGUUCACGACCUUGCCUGAUUACACAUGCAUGUCGGACGAGGACAUGGCCAUGGCGGACCAGAUCAUUUCCUCCCAGCCGAGGGCGAAAAAGUGCCUGCUGACAAUGGUGCCCAUCGACGUGGAGUGAAAGGGACUGCAGUGCUGGUCAACCACCGGGAUGCAAGCCUCAUGAAACCAUCACGGAGGAUCUUCACUAUUGCACGGGGUGUGCAUUGGGUUGCAAAGUCGAUGUCCAUGAUUAUUAUUUUUGGGCGUUCUGAACUACACGAUGAUCUGUCCAUCCAGGAUGACGUUUGAACGAUGGGUAUCCAUCACCAGGGGGUGAAGAUGCGCUUGUCUGCACAUAGCUGGUAGAACAAUCAACAUCAGUCCUGCCAGAACUGUCAGCGACGAGGACACGACAGCUAAAGCUAGGCAGUCGGUCGAGACAACCACAUCUACUGCGGACUGCAUGGAUUCUUUGGCUCGGCGACUUAGUCACUCGGAGAAGAGGGCAGCCCCGUGUCUACGUGCGUGCGAAUUCGCUAAAUGUCCUCCCCAGCCCGGGGCACCUAGUGACUCAAAUGACUGCCUGGGAUCCCUUAGCUAGGUUGAUGAGGACAAAUAAUGACCACAGUU